AUGGAUAUCGAAGCAGACAAUGAAGUUCCUACGGACCGAAAGCUAAAGGGUAAUACUGCCGGGCGGCGGGCGCCAAGAGCGAAAAAGCGCACCACAACGAGCGAGCCUCGCGAUCUCAAGUUCCAGCGGCCGACGACAGGAAAACGACAAAACUUCUCACCCGACAUCGAGGACCACCCGCUCGGCAACCACAUCAAGAUGGUCCGUUACGCUGCUCAGGACAUUCCGGCCGCUAAGAGCGCCCGCGCUCGGGGCUCUUACCUCCGUGUCAGCUUCAAGAACACCCGUGAGACUGCUCAGGCUAUCAACGGCAUGAAGCUGCAGCGUGCCCUUACCUUCCUCAACAACGUCACCGAGAAGGCUGAGGCCGUCCCCAUGCGUCGGUACGCUGGCAGCACCGGUCGCUGCGCUCAGGGCAAGCAGUGGGGUGUCAGCAAGGCUCGCUGGCCCGUCAAGUCCGCCGAGUUCCUUCUCGACCUCCUCAAGAACGCUGAGGCCAACGCCGACACCAAGGGUCUCGACACCGGCAACCUUGUUGUCAAGCACAUCCAGGUCAACCAGGCUCCCAAGGGUCGCCGCCGUACCUACCGUGCUCACGGUCGUAUCAACCCCUACAUGACCAACCCCUGCCACAUCGAGCUCAUCCUCACCGAGGCUGAGGAGACCGUCGCCAAGGCCGCCGAGAACAAGGAGGUCCGCCUCAGCUCCCGCCAGCGUGGUGCUCAGCUCCGCCGUGCUCUCAUUGAGGCAUAA